CUGCAGACAUGGUACUACAGGAGACGGUCAGAGACUGCAGACAAAGUACAGGAGACGGUCAGAGACUGCAGACAAAGUACAGGAGACGGUCAGAGACUGCAGACAAAGUACAGGAGACGGUCAGAGACUGCAGAUUACAGGAGACGGUCAGAGACUGCGGACAUAGUACAGGAGAUGGUCAGAGACUGCGGACACAGUACAGGAGAUGACCAGAGACUGCGGACACAGUACAGGGAUGACAGAGACUGCGGACAGGAGUACAGGAGAUGACCAGAGACUGCGGACAUCAGUACAGGAGAUGACCAGAGACUGCAGUACAGGAGAUGACCAGAGACUGCAGGACUCAGUACAGGAGAUGACCAGAGACUGCAGACACAGUACAGGAGAUGACCAGAGACUGCAGACACAGUACAGGAGAUGACCAGAGACUGCGGACACAGUACAGGAGACGGUCAGAGACUGCAGACAUAGUACAGGAGAUGACCA